AAUCAGCCCGCCGUGCCGGAGACCGCCGUCGCAGCAGUCGCCGCGAUCGACGCAGCCGGGCCGGGACUGUCAGCACACCGCUGCUUCAGUUCUGUCGUCAAUGGGGACGAGGUGGCCAUCGGCUUCAAGACGAACGUGGUGGCACACGCUGCCACAAACGACCAUGUCAACGUGCAGGCCGAUGGGACCUUCCGUGUGGUGCCUCACCAGUUUCACCAGUUACUGGUGGUGUUCAUGGGAGUCAGCGGUGCCAUGCUUCCCGACGUCUUCGUUUUAAUGUCGUGUAGGACCCGGCGGCUCUACCAUGCAGUUUUCGGUGAGAUCCGCCGGGUCCUCGGUGCCCCAGUGCGCCGCUUCCUUUCGGACUGGGAGCGAGCGCUGCAGGGAGCCGCCGCCGCGGGGUGGCCAGAAGCCGUGCAGAGCGGCUGCUGGUUCCACUAUGCUCAGGCCAUCAUUCGUCAGAUACGGCGCCUCGGGCUGCGCGCCGAGUACACCAUGGAGGCGUCCGCCUUUUCAAGAUGGGCUCGGAAGAUUGUCAUUCUUCCCCUCGUGCCAGCCGACCGGCUCCACGAGGCGUGGACCCUGCUCUUGGAGCGCCAGGUGCCCGAGGUACGAGAAAAGCCAGCUAGCUAG